UUACCUCAUUGGUACAACUUUACGAGUUUUGACGUUACUUGAUAGAGUGGGUUUCCGGUACUACUUUGGAUAUGAUUGGUUGUUUUGGAUAAUGUCUGAUGUGUUCAGGGAUGAAUUCAACGCUGAUACAAGUAAUAUCUAUUUAAAAACCACUGCUCUCAUUCAACACAUAUUAUCUGCUACACAUGAAGAAGAGCAAGAGUUAAAAUUAUCAGGUGAUCGGGCAGCUCAACUGCGAGAAGUCAAUAACAAGUUACGUGAGCGCGUUACGAACGAUGAGAAGCAGGUGGAUUGUAUGAUAUCUAGAUUACAGACCGUGAAGCGAACAAUCGAAGAAUUACGUGCUUCUAUUGAGAAAUCUAAAUCAAUUAAAAUCGCUUACUUGAAACAAAUUGAAUCUGAAAAUCCUCCUGAAGAUUCAUUUUUCCCAUGUGAAUUUGAAAAUUCUACACUGAUGCAAGUUUAUAAAAUGAUCCAACCAUUCGAACGCCUACUUGGAAUUCAAAUACAGAAAACGCACUCUGGGCUACUACAGUUGCUAUUUCAUGGUUGUUCAGGAGCUCUGGUUAGUAGUGAUGAAGUAAUUGUAUGCUGUUGUCAACUUCGUAUAGUAAAUACUAAUCGCUUUGAAGUCGUGUUGUGUGAUCCACCCGUACCGGAUCUAGAAAGACUUGUAAACCACUUGAAUUGGACUGAAGAUAUACGGAGUUUUAUUAUUGUAUUAAGACAACGUUUUUGUCGUUACUUUGAAUUAGCUGCAGCAGUUUCGAAUAAAUUAAGCUCUGAAUGACUAAUGUGUUAAUGGGCAUGCUGACAUUGUACUCUGAUAAAACCUUUGCUAUGCAUGAAUUUGUCAUAAUUUAUGUUCAUCUUACGCUUAUAUCUUAUAAAAAGUAUAUAUAUA